AGUUCCCACAGUACAGAACUUGCAAGGGAUAAGUCACACCAGGCAACGGGCCUGGAGCAAAAUUUUCAUUUCCAUCGCCCAUUGCAGCCGGAAACCUCAAGCAACGAUGAACAAUAACUACGAGAUCAUACACAAUAACGCAAAUGCUUAUUUAUCACUAUAAAGACACACAAAAUAUUUAAUUAUUUUCGUUUAAACCACAGUUAAUGGUAAAGCUGCAAUACAGAAGCGCGGAUCCCCCAGGACUCCGCGCGUGCACAACCUGUGCUUCCGAACUGUUCCAAAUCAAUGAGUAUCAGAUGUUCUUGGACAUGCCCGCAUGACCACCUUCAUUUCAGUACUUCGGACAAAUAGUGUGCAUAUAAAAAUAAGACGGUAACAAUUUACAACAACCUAACGAACUUCACGGUUGGCGUUAGAUCAUACUAAAAGACCCUUUCAUGGUUAGAUCUGCCACACUGUCAGCCCCGGAACCAUGAGUACAACCGUGAACCAAGCGUAUGGAUUUGUAAGCUGAGAUGACAAAUAAAUUCUGUUUUAUUGAUCAGGUUCGUCAAGUGAAUUGAAAAAAUAUAAAUUCUGAUUAUAACUAGAAGACGGCCUAAUUCAGUAUUACGUUAACGGUCUUUCACUUUAUUGAUUAGAAAUAGGCAGGAGGCAAUGAAUUUUAAUAGUUUCGUACACUUUGUAUGUCUUCUCUUUUUAAUCAAUGUUGUAUAAAGCACCGUGAACACUUUGAUGAAUUGCCGGCAAAAGCCAAAACAAUAAAUUGUGGCUCAUAUUAAUGACCAUUGCAAACUGGUAAUGACGGAUAGAGGAUUCCUAUUUGAAAUUUGAACAUAUAUUUAUUUUAGCGUCUGGAUUUCCAAGUACUGGUUGGUCAACCCUGAAGGGGUGGGCCUGUUGGCUUGUACUUACCAGUAGAUAGCGCGAAGUUCAAUUCUGCGGUGGGCUUGGGGCCGACAGUAUAAAAAUGGCGUCAUGUCUGAUUUGUGAAGUAAAUAAACGCUUGAUAUUUAGCUUUGCGUUUAGUGUGUGAUUGAUUUUUUACUCCAACAGUAAUUAUACGGAAGUGUGGAAUCGUACUGAUAUUUUGCGAAGAUCUCAAUUGGCUUAUUGCACCCUUUGUUCUCUAUACGUCGAGUGCUAAUUCAUUUUCUUGCGGUUAUGCGCAUUAAUUAUGCUUUCUGACAUAAAAGUACGUUUUAAUGUGUAGCACGUAAACAGAAUAACACUGUUAAGUAUUGAAGUUAUUAUGUCGCAGACCUGUGCGGAAAAGCAUGUGUGCGUUUUGUGCAAUACCAAGUUGGAUUCUAAAGAGGCACUCCAAGAACAUUUCAGAAAACAUGCUAACAAGGAAAUAGAUAGUAAAGGCCGCCCUUGGAAACCUGCAACUUCAACUACUAAAAGUAAUCCACCAGAAAUUCCAAUAGAACGCAAUGGAAGUAAUAAUAGUACCAAGAAUGAUAAAACUACCUCUGAUAAAGCAAGCGAUAUAGUGUGUGAUGUGUGUGGUCAAGAAUUUGACAGUGUCACUAUUGCAAUUCAGCAUAAAUUUAGAAAACAUCCUGAAAGUGCAGCAAAACAUUUUUGCCCAUAUUGUGGUAUGCAAUUUCCUCUCAAGAUUAAUCGUGACAAACAUUUGUCAGAACAUCCAAAGAGUACUCCAAGUAAAUUAUUUCCUUGUUCAGACUGUGGAGUUGUAUUUUAUAAUGAAGAGGCUCAGUCAUAUCAUUCAAAAUCAACUCACAAGAGGAUUGUUGCUUUGUUCAAGCCUGUUGCCACUCCUCCACCCAGUAAGAAGAUUAAACUAAACAAUGCAGGUGAAGCACAGUCAGUAUAUUAUUGCCAUUUGUGUGGUUUUGAGUAUAUUGUGAAAUUCAAUCUUCAGAAGCAUCUUGAAAGACAGCAUACAGAAGAAGAACGAAAUAGGGUUCCAGACGAUUUGAUUAAAUGCACUACUUGUGAUGCGUUAUUCUACAGGAAGAAAGCUUAUGAUAAUCAUAAUAUGUAUCAUAAACCAGAUGACUUAUAUGUUACUAGUGAAGAGCAAAGGCUUCAGACUGUCACUCGCGUAGAUCAAGACUUCGAUAUUCGUCGCGUUCAAAGUGCUGCAGAGAAAUUCAUACCAAUAUUUCGACAUCGCCCUCCAACUUCGAAGAAGAGGAAGAAGAUAAGACCAGAGAAACCGAGCAAGCCAGACUCGGAUGAGGAACUGUCUCCGGACUCUGCUCCAGACUCGAGUGACUCUGAUAGCGACAUUCCUUUAAUAGACAGAUUGAAUAGCAAACGUCGCAGUAACAAAACACUGCCACAGGGGUUCAAUCAACCUACAUAUUAUGAAAUACCUUAG